ACACAAACGUCAAAAUACUUCAGAAUUGGAGACAUAGUUGAACGACACCUACAAGACGGUGACAUUGUCCUUUUCAAUCGUCAACCAAGUAUCCAUCGAAUGAGCAUCAUGGCACACAGAGCAAAGUUCAACGUGUGUUGCUGUACGCCCUACAAUGCAGACUUUGACGGGGACGAAAUGAAUGUCCACGUGCUGCAAACGUACGAAUCUAGAGCUGAAGCCCCAGAGUUGAUGUGUGUCAAAUCUAAUUUAGUUAAUCCAAGAAACGGAGAGCCGCUCAUUGCAGCCACCCAGGAUUUUGUAACAGCAUCUUAUUUAUUAACAUCCAGAAACACUUUCUUUAGUUACGAAACUUUUGGUAAAUGCGCGUCCGAUCUGGAAAGAAAAAUUGAGGCAAAGCCUGUGAUACUCAGACCCUCCAAACUGUUUACCGGGAAGCAGUUAAUAGAAGCUUUGCUAAAAGAGGUAGUUGAGGUGGGAUAUGAAAGUAGAGUAGGAUCUGGUGCAUGCAUAAACAGUGUUAAUACAGAAGCGAAACAAGACUGGAACAUAAACCAUGGAUACGUAGUUGUAAUACAGAACAACUACUUCUUUGGGUGGUUAGUAAUCGGCACGGAAAACAAGGAAACGAGUCUAUUGUAUCGACUUAUAAAGAAAAACAGGACCAGAUAUCUGAAGGUAAGCAUGAAGAUAGAGGAUUACAAGUCGAAAAAACUGGAAUUGGAGUCAGGCUGCAAUUUGGAAGAAACGCUAGAAAGACACAUAAGCUCAACAUUAAAUACUAGCGAAGGGUCUGAUAAGAGCAUAGUACAGUAUGUUUACGGAGAGAAGUGUGUUGAUCUUUGCUUAGUUGAGUGGGAAGAUAAUAUUAGAAGGGACGUUGUUUGUGAGGAACUGGUAAAGCCUAAAAACGAUUCGAGUUGCAUAAAUGCGAGAGAAGACUCUACGAAUUAUCAGAAGGUCGAUGAGUUUUUGGAAGGGAGAAUGGAAAGCUGUGAUUCGCUAGCUCUAAGAGACAUUUUCAGCACUCACAAAGAAAAGAUCAAGUCUGCCUUAAUCGGUGGGAGCUUUGGCUGGUCAAAGCAUCGGGGAGCCUGGAACUCAGAUGACCUAGAAGACGUUUCACUUUGCUGGUGUUGCCAGUAUGAACAUUACCCUUGGAGUGUCAAGACUAAAGGAAAUUAUAAAUGCGAAUUGGUGGAGGAAGCCAAAAGGGUCAAAGGUGGAAUAGACAAGAUUUAUUUGAAAGACAUUGUGUCUUCGAUGACAGAGAUGUAUACACAGAAGGAAUUGUUUUUAGAGAAGGAGGAAGAAAAGUAUUUUGCGGUAGAGGAUUUUAAAAGGAAUCUGAGAAACAUUGUGGUCAGUAAAAUACAGAGCUUUGAAAGGGUCAUUUUAGUGAAGGAUGAGAACUACAAAUUAUUUGUAGAGGGAGCGGGUCUAAAACAGGUAUUUGGAGUUGAGGGUGUCGACUACAGAAGAACAGUUACGAACAACAUAAUGGAAAUGGAAAGACUCCUCGGAAUAGAAGCUGCAAGAGAAGUGAUUAUCAGCGAGAUGCAGUACACAAUAUCUAGCCAU